UAGCAGGCUGCAUGUUGUUGAGCCUCCUGUGUUUUCCUCAGUGACGUGCUGGGGCCGUGACGUCAGCGUGACAGCGGCCACUCCUCAUUCCUCAGCAGGUGGAGGUGAUUUCAUCCACCUGAACCCAGAAGCAGCUCAGCAACCAGGAAGCUUCACAGCUUCAGCCGCUYCACUCAGACCUGUUUGUUCCGCUGCGGUCAAAGGUCGCCGCUGUCUCGCAGUGGCAUUAUUAAUAUCGUUGUGUUUUAUGGCAUAAUGAGGGCAGCAGGAGAGCUUUAACAAAGUGUAAGGCUGUGAUUGAAAUCGUCAUGGGGACCCAGGAGAAGACCUCUUCGCUCUGGGACAGAGUUGCUUCGUGCUGCGGUUGCUGCUGUAAAGCCUGCAAGGGGCAGGAGGAGAUACGUGACCAGAACAAAACAAUCACGGUUUUGAUGAACCCUAUGACCGGGGGUCCCGAAGGUCCCCCUGAAAACAGACCUCUACCUUCACCGCCAAAGUCGGAGCGCUACAUCGCCCUGUUUGAUUACUCCGCUCGUACCGAGAACGACCUGACCUUUAACACCGGGGAUAUCCUGGAGGUCCUGGACACCAGCGCCGGGGAGUGGUGGAUCGCCAGAGCCGUGAACGGGAUCUCAAUGGACAAAAGGGGAUACAUCCCGGCCAACUACGUGGCCCCUGUGGAGAGCAUUGAUGCUGAACCAUGGUAUUUCCCAGACACCAAGCGACUGGAUGCAGAGAAGUUGCUGCAGGCUGAAGGGAACCAGGAAGGAGCAUUCCUCGUUAGAAACUCUGAAAGUCUGAAAGGAGAGUACUCCCUCUCAGUUUUGCACCAAGGGAGAGCGAAACAUUACAAGCUCCAGAAGCUGGAUAAUGGCCACUACUACGUGUCGAAAACCAAAUCCUUCCCAACGCUGAAGGAGUUGGUGGAGUAUUACUCUAGACAGAGUGAUGGGCUGUGUGUGCUCCUGGGCGAGCCAUGCAGGAAGGUAAACUACAACAUGCAGGAGACAUGUACGAUGGAUCCUGAAGAUUUCCUGGCAGAGGCUCAGCUCAUGAAGAGACUGCGGCACCCCAAGCUGAUCCAGCUCUAUGCUGUGUGUACCAUGGAGGAGCCCAUCUACAUCAUCACUGAGCUGAUGAAGCAYGGCAGCCUGCUGGAUUACCUUCGAAAGGAUAAGGGGAACACUCUGCGUGUGCAGGACCAAAUUGAAAUGGCAGCCCAGAUCGCAGCUGGCAUGGCUUACCUGGAGCAGCAGAACUACAUCCACAGAGACCUCGCUGCCAGGAACGUCCUGGUGGGAGAGAACAACAUCUGCAAAGUGGCAGACUUCGGCCUGGCCAGAGUUUUUAUGAAAGAAAGUGAGAGUGUGUAUGAGGCCAGGGACGGGGGCAAGUUUCCUGUGAAGUGGACCGCUCCAGAGGCCAUCCAUAACAACAAGUUCUCCAUCAAAUCAGACGUUUGGUCCUUUGGGAUCUUGCUGUAUGAGAUCAUGACAUUUGGCCAGAUGCCUUACCCAACCAUGACAAACAUGCAGGCGGUCCAGUGGAUUUCUGGAGGCAACAGACUGGCCUGYCCCCCCAGGUGCCCSAAGCCAAUGCACCUCCUCAUGUUGGACUGUUGGAGCGAAAAGGAACUCAACCGGCCCACGUUUGAGACGCUGCAGUGGCAACUGGAGGAUUACUUUGACAUGGAUUUGAACUCUUAUGAUGACAGCUACCACUAUUAGAGCAAAACAAAAAACAAAAAAACAACCUUGUUUGACUUUUAACGAAGGAUUAAUAAAAAAACAAAAAACUAAUUCAUAAUUACUAGAUUCAGCAACUAUUCUGUCAAAUCCCUCCUAAUCUGCUCAGUUGAAGGAUUUGAUUACCAAGCAGAGACGCUGUACUUUCAGGUGGCCUGUGUAUCUGUUGAUCUUGAUUCACACCCGACUGGGAGAGGCGCCRUUUAGARCRACUAUCCAUCCGUCUCGCUCAUCCGGCCCUGCUGGUUUCAUCCAUUCCACACAUUCUGUCGUCCUGCUGAACUGAAGCCGGAGGUCACCUGGGAUGAGCAUCUGAAAGCUCUUUGUUUUAAGUCUUUUCCAUGAUCUUUUCACAUAUGCUUUAACUUGAACCAAGACAAUAAUCUAUAUUUAAUGUUUAUGUCACCAUGUUGCUUUCCUGAGAAUCUGAGAAUUGUUGAUUAUUUCCAUCCCUGGCAGCAUUGUUAAAGCUUUCACACCGUCUCCCUGCAUCACAAUGACUUGUCAGACACUCGGGAGUUUCAGACUGGACUCUUUUUGUCGUGUCGAGUCUCGCGCUGCUCUCAGACCUGUUGGAGGACGGGAUUCCUGGUUCCUUCUCUGAACAAGUAGAUCCUGUUUAACAUCACUGCCUCGURCUUUUAAUGUUCUAAACAAAUUCYUGUUAAUUGUAUAUUYUAACCACUAAAAAGUGUUUAGAGAAUUUAGCUGAUUUUAACUUAUCCUUAUGCCUAACAUAAUUAAAACAAAUUUUAUUUAUGAUGA